UGGCAUCUUUGCCCAAAUCUGUGGCUGUGGCACCGACAGGCAUUAGCCCACUGUGUGAUGCGCACACCGAGCAUACAGAUGAUGACUACGAGCCUUUAUGUGCUGUGCGCGGCGGCAGCGCAUAAAAAUGCAGCUGCUAAAAAAGCGAAGUAGGAAAAAACAGACAAUGAUAAACCAAUGAUGCGCCAGGAUGUGUUGCCCGGUCGGUUCUGCGUGUUGGAACAUACCUCGUUUGUUCCUUGUUUGGACGGUUUCUUUUAUAUUCAUCAAUCAGCAGGCUGAUGCUGGCUGAAGCAGGCUGAUGCUGUAUGUCAGGUUUGUGAGAAAAUGUUGCUUGUAAAGAUAACCAGCCAGUCUGCAUGUCUCCCAUUGUACUCGACUGUUCGUGAUUCCCUGCUUCUUUGGACAACAGAGACAUUUUGGAUCUGUUUUAAUCUGUUGUGCUUCUGUGAUGGACAAGCCAGCCAGCCCGCUUACUGGCCAAAUAAAUAGCCUACACGUGAAACCAAUUGCAGACCUGGUCCGAUAUGACUCGUAGGCUACUCUCUUCUGAGAAUGAUGUUUUUUUAGAGUAUUUUUUUUGACUGGGAUAUUAUUUUCCGCGGAAUUGCCUAUAUGGGUCGGUUCUAUGCAGCCAUUUGUAAAGAUCUGCUGUAGGUUUUGCGCUCAGACAUGUUCGGAAAGUGCAGAUGGAGUUUCGCUCUCUCCAUGGUUUUAUCAGUCUGUAGUGUAUUCAUUUUCUGUGAAUAUUUGAUAUACUUUCCAGCAAUUAUGCAAUGUUCGUGGCCCGAGAUGAAGAACGACAAAAUCUCUCAGUCACCUCUACGGACUUUGUUUUUAUCGGAUACACAUCUUUUGGGAGCCAUAAAGGGCCACUGGUUCGACAAACUGAGACGAGAGUGGCAGAUGGAGCGAGCAUUUCAGACAGCCCUGUGGGUCCUAAAGCCGGAGAUCAUCUUCAUUUUGGGAGACAUUUUUGAUGAGGGAAAGUGGAGCUCCACUAAGGACUGGGAGGAUGACGUGAGGCGUUUCAAACAGAUCUUCCGCCACCCGAGUGACACCGAGCUCAUUGUAAUCAUCGGUAACCAUGACAUCGGCUUCCACCAUGAAAUGACCUGGCACAAACUCCAACGCUUUGAGCAGGUGUUCAACGUCACCUCAGCGAGGAUUCUCAGCCGCCGAGGAGUGAAUUUCGUGUUGGUAAAUAGCAUGGCGCUGCACGGUGACCACUGUCCCAUCUGCCGGAGUGUGGAGAACGAGCUUCAUAGGCUCUCCACAGCACUCAACUGCUCCAUACAGGAGCAUCAGUCGGAGGGCAUGAAGAGACGUUGCCAGGAGACGCAAACGUUCCCUGCCACCCUGCCCAUUAUAUUGCAGCAUUACCCCCUGUACCGGGAGAGUGAUGCAGGAUGCACAGGACUAGAUGCUGCUCCCCUGGAAGAGCGCCACCAGCUGUUUCAAGAGCGCUAUGACGUGCUCUCCCAAGAGGCUUCCCAGAGGCUGCUGUGGUGGUUCCAGCCCCGCCUCAUUCUCAGUGGCCACACCCACAGCGCCUGUGAGGUUGUCCAUGAGGACAAGGUGCCGGAGAUUAGCGUUCCGUCCUUCAGCUGGAGGAACCGAAACAACCCCAGCUUCAUCCUGGGGACGUUCUCGACGACUGACCACCGUCUCUCCAAGUGUUUCCUGCCGGAGGAGAGCAGCGUGAUCGCCCUCUACUGCGGCAGCGCCAUGGCCCUGCUACUGCUGGCACUCGGACACUUCCACCUGUUCAGGGGCGCGCUUAAUUUCAGCAGCCUCAUAGACAAGCACAAGCCCCUGUGAGCCCACCCAUCCCGACUCCAUACCAGAAGCCUGAUGGAGGAGUUCAAACCCCUGUGAUAUCCUCCCUGACUCCAUAUGAAAAGGCUGUAGGGGGAAGCACAAGCCCCUGUGAUGCCCCUUCCCCACCAUCCCUCCCUGACUCCAUACAGUAAGCAUGAUGGAGGAGUACAAGCCCCCGUGACACCAUAACAAAUCCCACUGAGAAGGGUGCACAAACCCCUGUGAUAUCCUCCCCGACUCUGGGGACUCGAGGCUGUUGGGGAAAGCACAAGCCCUGAACUGAAGCCCUGUUCUGUGUAGAGAGAUGGAACUUUAAACUUUAGCUAAGGCGUUAGCACUUGUUUCAUGCUUCAUUUGCACCUUAAAACAUUGCAGCGUAUGCAUGCACAGACCACACAAGCUGCGCUUUUCUAGCUCCUACAUAUGAGUUUAUGGGAAGGUCGAGAAAAAAGGGAGGAGAGUUAAGAGUGAUUGAUUAGGUAUUCCGGCAUAUGUAUGAAAACAGCACACCUAGAUUUGACUGAAUCAUUUCCGCCUUUUAAAAGCCGACGUAAUCCAGAUUGCAGUUAAAUGCAUCAGUAGAACCAAUAGUCAGAGCACCAGUGCUUCUCUAAACCAUGUCAAAAGGAACUUUUACUGUCACCUUCUCACAUCAUCCACUUCCCAAGGCUAUACCUGCUAGACUAUUAUGUUUGUGUUUAUGGUUUUAAGCAGACGCAGGGGUCAAAAAGCGACGUAGGCCUACAAUAGUGAUAAACAUCAUCAUAAACAAUUAAGUUUAAAGUGGUCAUAGACCUAUAGCCUAGAGACCUACAUCAAAGCCCAUUGACGUCCGUUUCCAAAUCACCAAAAACCCAGGAAUGUGUUCUUUCUUUAAAAUUGAGGAAACUACUGCAUUUAAAACCCUUGUUUACAAGAAAGAUGUGUUUGCUGCACUUCUCAAAACAUUUUGGUUUAGAUUUUAAUGGACCAAUUUAAGUUUAAUUUCACUGCUGGUUACAUCCCUGGAAGUCAUAAAAUACUACUGUACUGUAAGUUUGGAAAAUGGCCGUCAAUGAGAUCCUUUCCAGACUGACCUGCCGAGCAAAUUCAUAUUUGUUAAUAGGUUAGUCUGGGUUCACCUCAGCAGCCUGAUGUUGAAACACAAGUCCAUGUGUCCUGUGGUUUGGUGACACUAUCCAUGUACACACAUAUUCAGGUCAGGGUGCUUAACCACUACUUCUUAGUAGUCUUAGAGGAUAUUCAUAACCGCUCAUUGAAAAACCUUACAGCAACGUCAAGGUACUAUGGAUGAUUUCUGAUAUUACCUGGAGUUGAAUAUCUGGUUUUUAAGUUUUGUUCAGAAAUUGUUUUAUUCAUUUGAGAUUGUGUUGAAACAGAUUUAAACCUUAAAGUCAUGUGUCAAGUCAAGUUGACUUCCUUAUGGUUUACAUUUUAAAUUGGUUUCAAUUUUAAUUUAUUUAAGUUUAAGUUAUGUUGACUUGUUGAUGAAAUAAGGUUGUACAUUUGAGUUUUGAUUGGUUCAAACAUUAUACAAUAAAAUAUAUUUAUAUACAACAGUGUCAAUUCUUUAGAUAUGUGACGAAUGCAUUUCCAAAUGACAAAGCAUGAUGAUCACUGGACACUCAUGGGUUAGGCAUUGCUGUAUGUGCUGCUCCAACUCAGAAUCGGAUUGAAAAAUGAAUACUUCAGAGGUAUUUUAUUUGCAAAAUUACUUGAAGACAUUCUCUCCACGAUUCUCUUUCUAGACAAACUGAAGGACAACCGUCUGCUAAUGUGCCUCUUUAUUAAAAUAAAAAUAAUAAUAAUAAAAAAAA